AUGGGAAUGUCGAUUCCGGCUGUGGCAGGCGGCAGAAACCUAGCCCUCGACUCGCACUCCUCCAUGGUGGAGCAAGAGGAGGCAGGAGAGGACGGGGGCCAUGAAGCCUCCAAGAUCCUAGCGUCGGCUUCUGAGGGAUUGGGGCGCCAGAUCUCGGGUGUGGCUUCGUCGUCCUGCAAUUUCUUACAGACAGAUAAAUAUGGAUGUGUUGGUGUGGACAUGGCAACCCUGCCAUCUGAGCUUGCGCCAGAAGAAUUGAGUGGUCAAGAAGCAGAUCAACAAAGGAGUAAGCAUACAACUUCAAGGAGCAUGAACGUGAAGAAGUCAUUGCUAGUGAAACGGAAGUCAUCUGCUGUUAAUGCUCCAAAGCCUCCAACAGAGAAGUGGAGGAAGUCAUCUGCUUCAAACGUGCAAUUUGUGAGGUCCCCGCUACUGAAUAGGAUCCUAGCAUCGCCAAGGAUGCGCCACUCCAGAGCCAAACACCAGAGGUCACCAUAUGCAGGAUUGUCAUCUUCAACCUUACCCGAUGAUACAAGAACGGAUGUUUCUCCUAAUCUUGACAAAGAUGCAGCAUCAAGGAGCGUGGAUAGGAUCAAGUCCUUGCUGUCGAAACAGAAGUCAUAUGUUGUUAAUGCUUCAAAUCAUUCAGAAGGAAUGCAGAGGAAGUCAUCUGCUUCAUGUGUGCAUUAUCUCUUGUCUGCUACUCGAGAUAAUGGUAGAAGUGCUUGUCGCAGGCAUUUGAAAGUGUGCAAAGAAAGGACUAGAAUGAACCAGUUGGUUGAAAACAUGAACACGGGACUAUCCCCUGAUUCACUAGCUCUGAAGAAUUGGAAGUUUGACCAAGAGGUCUCACGUAAAGCCAUGGUCAACUUUAUCGUAUUGCAGAAGAGAAUAAUAGGUUUUGGUCUUGUAUCUUCGCCCCAUGAUGGUUUUACUUUGUUUAAUGCAUUGUUGAAGUGUUUGCCAGAAUGGAAGUUAGAGCAUAAGGUAUUUAGCAUCACAUUAGAUAAUGCAAAGAACAACAACAACAUGGUUGGUUCCUUAAGGAAAAAUCUUUUAGAAAGACACCUUAUGCUUGGAAAUGGUGAUCUGCUACAUAUGCGUUGUGUAGCGCAUGUGUUGAACCUUAUUGUCAAGGAGGGAUUUAAGGUGAUAGAUGGUGCUACUAACCGUAUUCGAGAUAGUGCCAAGUACAUUAGAAGCUCACAAGCCCAUAAACAGCGUUUCGAGGAAAUCAUUGUACAAUUAGUUUUUGGUACAUUAUACCCAACAGCAAACCACUGUUUCUAUGUCCUAUGGGAAGUCAAAGGGAAAAUAGAAACUUUGGAAUCAAAUAUAGAUAUUUCCAUUGCAGUUAUGGCGACCAAAAUGAAACUGAAGUUUCAGAAAUACUGGGACAUAUGCUUGUUGCAGAUAUGUGUUCUAGUAGUUCUAGAUCCUAGGUUUAAGCUCAGUUUUGUAUCAUUUCGUUUGGACGCUGGUUUUGGUGAUAAAGGUCCAGCAUACACUGAAAUGGUGAAGGCCACAUUGCAAAAUCUGUUUUUUGCAUAUUCAUCAAUGGCACCUGAUUUAAACUACUCACAACCAGAGCCCAAUGAUAUUGGCGAUGGUGACGACAUUUGA